AUGAUGGCGGGUAGCAAGCGUUUCCAGUUGCAUGCCAGGCCGCGGCCGGCAGUCGUGUCUGGGGCACGUCUUCUCGGUCUCUUGCUCCUGCUCGCGUCGCUUCUUGCUUCGCACGUCGGAGCCGAAGCCGUAGCAGACGCACCUUUUGCGGAGCGAAGCGAGGCAGAAGGAUGUGCCUGCACGUCUACUGAGGCAGACACCACUGCCUCGCCUCCGUCGUCAAAGAAACCUUUUUCACCCGCAAGCGAGACGCCCGAUGUAGCGCUGCUGCGUAGCCUGUCCGCUGAUGGAGGCCAGACCGACGACGACGUGCCUCUCGUGGUUCCAACUGAUAACGAGGCGCUGGCUGAAGCUGCGGCUGCACGGAGACACACUGAAGGGUGCAGCGAGACGGAGGAGAGAAGGGGGGCAAGUAGGGUCGGGAUGGAUGGGAAAGAAGCGCUCACGAAUUCUGCACAAGACGACGCCCCACGAGACGCCUCGCAAAGACAGUGCACGCGGCCGCGUCCAGGCGCGGCUUCGGAGAGAGGUCCCUCGGACCGCUACCAAACAGCAUUCACGGCCGCGCAGCUCUUCACCGCGUCGUCGGAGCCGGCUGGCGAAGGCGACGCACUCGAAAAGACUUCCAGACGCGAAGCCGCGGCUCCCACCACUGCGCGUGGCGAGGCUGUUGAAGAAGAGGCCGCUGCAGACGCCCACAAGCGCGGCCUCAGCUGCCCACUGUGGGGUGGAAGCUAUGAGGAGAGACGCACCCGGUUUCUCCUGCGGUACGGAGACGCCUACAAUGUGCAGGUCGAGCAGAUAAGGCAGAAGGAGCUCACAAGAUUCGAGGGCCAGAUAUACAUGGAUUACGCCGGCAGUGGCGUCUAUCAGCAGCAGCAGCUGCAGCAAGUUUUUGAAGACUUCUCUCGCUCUGCGUACGGAAACGCCCAUUCUCGGAAUCCUUCGGCCAAGCGAACCGACGAGAAACUGAAGGAGGCCCGCAAGGUGAUUCUGCGGUUCUUUGACGCCCCUGAGGAGGACUACGCGGUGAUUUUCACAAGCGGAGCGACGGCCGCGCUGAAACUAGUUGGCGAGUCUUUUCCUUUCGCUACGGGGGUUUCCUCGUUCUAUUACCUGCGAAUCAACCACAACUCCGUCCUCGGCAUUAGAGAGUACGCGUACGCCAAGGAGGCGAAGAGCGUCCGGGCGCUGUCUCCGCGGGACGUGGAGCGCAUCCUGAAGGAGCGGGAAAAGGAGGCGAAGGAGACUUCCGCCACGGGACCCGACGCGGAAGACUACUCCAUGCCGAGCUGCCUGUUUGCGUUUCCCGCGAAGGACAACUGGAAUGGACGCUUUUUCCCGCUCAGCUGGAUUGAGCGCGUGAAGAAGGUCGGCUUGAGCGACAACUGCCGCUGGUACGUUUUGGUCGAUGCUGCCGCGUACGCACCCACGUCUCCGCUCUCCCUCGCGCAGUACCCCGCGGACUUUGUCGCCCUGUCGUUUUACAAGAUCUUCGGCUACCCCACAGGGUUGGGCGUUUUGUUGGCCCGUUCGGAGGAUGCCGACAAGCUGCAGCGCCUCUACUGGGGCGGCGGAAGCGUAUCGGCCAGCGUCUGCGACAGCCGGUGGUGCGCGCGGAAGACGAGCUUCUCGCCUAGGUUCGAGGACGGCACGCUGCCCUUCCUGGCGAUCAUUGCGUCCGUGUACGGCUUCCGAGCUCUCGAGGCGGUGGGCAUGGAGAAAAUUCACCACCACGUGGCCGCCUUGACGAAGCACCUCUACGAACGCUUGCAGCUUCUGCGCCACUCGAACGGAGCUCCCGCCGUUUUGCUUUACUGGAACGAGCCAGCGCCCCCCGAGGGCGGAAUUGUCAGCUUUAAUUUGCUGAGACCUGACGGCAGUUUUGUGCCCUUCCCUCAGGUUGAAGCAGACGCGGCCGAGGCGUUGAUUCACCUUCGAACGGGGUGCUUCUGCAACCCGGGAGGCUGCCAGGAUUUCCUGGGCCUCUCGGCGGAGGACAUUAUUCGAAACAGUCAGAAGCGCGACAGCUGCUCUGACCCGACUGGCGCCACGCUCUCCGUGGCUGCGGGCGUGCCGGGAUUGUUGACCGGUCUGGGUGGAGGCAGUCUGGAAGGCGGCGUGUACAGAAAGCCAGCUGGCUCCGUCCGGCUGUCGAUGGGCUAUAUGUCUACGUUUGCGGAUGUCGAUGCGAUCAUCGCGUUCCUUAGUGACACCUAUUUGUGGUGA